AUGAGCACCCACUUUAGCAAAGGACCCACAUUUGGACUCUCUGCCGAAGUCAGGAAUAAGCUGGCGCAGAAGUAUGACCCUCAGACAGAGGAUGCCCUGAGGAUGUGGAUCUAUGAGGUCACAGGUCGAGCGAUUCCUGAGAACUUCAUGGAGGGGUUGAAGGACGGCGUUCUCUUGUGCGAACUGAUCAACAAACUUAAGCCUGGAUCGGUUACUACAAUCAAUCAUUCAACCCUUAACUGGCACAAGGUGGAGAACAUCGCUCAAUUUGUGCGAGCCAUUGGUGAAUAUGGCCUGAGACCACAUGACAUUUUUGAAGCCACUGACCUUUUUGAGGACAUGAAUCAUACCCAGGUCCAGUCGGCCCUAGUCGCAUUGGCUGGAAUGGCCAAGACUAAAGGUUUCCACACAAAAAACGAUGUUGGUGUGAACUACGCAGCCAAAAAGCAACGGAAGUUCACACCUGAGAAGUUGAAAGAGGGGGACGGUAUCAUCAGCCAGCAGAUGGGCUCCAAUAAGUUCGCCAGUCAAAAGGGCAUGACCUCCUAUGGAACAAGACGACACCUCUAUGAUCCCAAUAUGGGCAUGGAGAAACCAGCAGAUCGAUCUACUAUCAACCUUCAAAUGGGCACCAACAAAUGUGCCAGCAUGGCUGGGAUGUUUGCUCUUGGCACGGCGAGACAGGUGACAGAGAAGAAUGUGAGUCUGGAGCCCGUGGACACUUUAACUGUGUCCCUGCAGAUGGGUACUAACAAAGUCCCAUCUCAGAGCGGCCUGACUCCCAUGGGCGGCCCACGUCUAGUCUAUGACCACAAAUACUGCGUCAAGUCUAAUGAAGUUAAUGGCAUUGCUUAA